AUGGUCAGUAAUAAGGUGUUGAGUGGAAUUUUUGUACACUGCUUUUAUGUGGCAUCAUUUUAUGAAAUACGAAGCCAGAUGGAAGAUCGAGAGACUUCAUCUAAAGAAUCUGAUAGUGAAUAUUAUCAAACGGUAUCAAAUCAACAGUCUGCAGCUGCUAGUGAUCAUAUAGCCCAUUACUUGUUUUAUUACCAUGAGAAUGACAGUCUACUUGCCGAUGAAGUAGCAGGUAUCUGCAACAGAAAAGGCUUGCAAAUACGAAAACCUGAUAGGGAUGGUCAAUACGGUCGCAGUAUACUUCAAUCUUCGACAGAGCUAUUUCUAAGCUCGAAACGUAUCGUUUUAUUCCUGACAGAAGAUCUGCUAGAUAAAGCAGGUCAAUGGGUACCAUUGUUUGCAGAUCCUCACAUUCAAAGUCUAUUUAAUGCAGAUUGGAACCCUUUAUUAAUGAUAUGGUAUGCGAGUAGAGCAUCGAUUAAAAAAAGAGUUCCGUUUCUGUGUGGCCGAACACCAAUACACGGUCAUCGAGGGCCCAGUCAUAUUGCAGAUUGCUUGAUCCGAGAAGCAGAGCCAAGAUUACUAGGUGAACAUACGGAUUCACAAGGCAUUACAACUAGGUCAAUAUCCCAAACUAAGGAUAGUAGCCAAAGAACACAAAACCAGCCGGACGUUCAUACAGAUAAUUCUGAUGUUGACGAUGUAAUUAAAUACAUGCAGUAUGCAUAUGACCGUAAUACAACUGUUUCAUUUACAUGCUAA